AUGUCAUAUCGUUAAUAAUAUUAAUAUUACAAUAAUCCUCAAACAACUAAUUCAAGCUAUUCAACAACAAGCUAACGAUCACAAUAAUCACUAUAAUAAUAACCAUUUAUACCAUAAUAACAAAAUCCUUAUGUUUAAAAUAAUUAAAAGAAUAAUCAAAAUUUAAAUUCAAUUAUACCAAAAAGCAGCCAAAAUCCUUUUACUCUUUAAGCUAAUACAUAGCAAUAAUCAACAAAGUAUAAUUAUGAUAACAAUUUAGAGGACCAUAGUUUUUAUUUUCUUAAGAACAAUAAAAUGCCAAUCAACCUGUUGCUCAAAAAUUGUUAAAUAAACCAUAACAACAAUAAGAACCUAAUAGAAUAAUAUAAUAGUAAAAAAAAGAAAAAGAUGAUGAAUGGAAAGCAUAGAAUAAAUAAAUUUAAAAAGAUUAAGAAGAAGUAGAUGAAGAUGAUUAAGAAUAAGAUGAAGAGAAUUAAGAAGAAGAAGAAACAGAUGAAGAUGAUUAUUAAGUUGAGGAUUGUGAUUAAUAGGACGAUGAUACUGAACAAAAUGAAAGUGAAGAAGAAACAGAUAAUCAAUUUAAUGUUUAACAGAAAAAAAAUGAAAAAUAAUAGGCAGAUGUAGAUAAAUAUAAAUCAGUUACUGAAAUUGAUACUAUUAGAAAAGAAGUUAAUAAGAUAAAUAAAGAAUUAGAUAAACUAGAAUAAGAAAUAGAAGGAACUUUAAUUAUGAGUAGAAUUAACUUUGGAGAUCAAAGUGUUUUAGAUAUGUCUGUUUCACAAGAUUUAUCAUAUUAACAAUACCUUAAAGAAUUUGAACAGUUUAAAUAAUAAAAAUAAGGAAAGUUAAAUUCAAUGAAAGGGUGA